AGUAGCAAGUUCAAGAAGUCUAAGACGCCCAAGAUUUUGGGGCAGACUUUGCCGAUUUCUCGUCUUAUAGAGGUAUUGGAUCAUAAGCCGUUGCAGAACUUAUUACUUGACUUGGUUAAUAUGCAUCCGGAAAUCGGCAAUACAAUCAACAAGUUGUCUCCCAAGCCUACAGUGCACAAUUCGAUCAAUUUGCUAAAGGAAAAAUUUGACGAUAUCUUGAGCCAUUUACCCUAUAAGUGCGAUGUAGAAAGUGACUAUUCGUACUUAAGAGUCAAGCCUUAUUUGACCGAGUUUUUGAAUUGUCUUUCUGAUUUCAUUCUCAACUUCUUGCCUCCUAUUGAAGUCAAUAUCGUCCAUUCCUUAACGUUUUUGGACUUGAUCACGUUUAUGAUACACGAGUUGCCCAAUUUCACCAACAGCGAGUUCCAGUACACCAGGAUGAUGGCAUAUGAACAGAUAGGAAACACUUGGCUCAUAUCUCCUCCAGAAGAUUCUGCCACUGAAAACUCCAUCAAAUUGGUGAAAGUUGUACAGCACUUGGGUUUAGUGGAAAAGUUAUCUAAACAUAACGAAUUGGGACAUGGAAAGUUCAAACUUGCUUUGGAUUUGAUCAAGUCAGAGAUUGACCAGGUUGAGAUGUUCAACCAUGCAUUGAGCGGUGCUCAGAAUGGCGCUAACAGCGGUGGAGUUCUUGGAGAUUUGAUUACGGUAGAUUAUUCUAAUUUUUCUAUUACGGCAAGAACGUCACAUUAG